GAGCGAUACUCACUGCAGCGCAAGAGAAGUCAAUUUAUCUGCAAAGUGUCUUCAUUGAUGAGCAGCGGAAAAGGUUCGGAAACGACGUACACAUGCCCCAAAUGUAGUGAAACAUUCGGGGGAAGGGUAGCUUUGUGCAAUGUCGUUCGCCGACUUUCUGAAGGGAAAACCAAGACUUGCGCACAGAUAUGGCAUGAUGUGUGGGAAAAUGGAACUCAACUACCU